AUGCAUCAGAAGUUCUCUCUUCACUCGAGAAUAUUUUUCUUCAUUGCAGAUCACAUUCACAGUUUACCGCGUGGUAGAUGGAAACAAGAUGCUGUCAAAGUGGCUGGAAGUCAUCAACAUGGUAGUCGACUCAAUGAGCUCUACCACUGCUGCGGCCUCUAUGUUGAUACAGAUGGAAAUGUUCUUAUCGCUGAUUCUGGUAAUCAUCGGAUUGUUGAAUGGAAACCUGGUGCGAUGAGUGGCCAAGUGGUGGCUGGCGGAAAUGGGCCAGGAAAUGCACCAAAUCAAUUGAAUGCACCGUCAGAUGUUAUUGUCGAUAAAAAUACAAACAGUCUUCUCAUUUGCGAUAAAAAUAAUCGACGAGUGGUACUAUGGGCUCGACGACAUGGUCGCGAAAAAGAAAUGAUGAUCAAGAAUACUGAUUGUUAUGGAUUGACAAUGGAUGAUCGUGGCUUUCUAUAUGUCACAGACAUCAAGAGACACGAAGUCUAA